AUGUUCCAGCUAAAGCGUGUUGUCCAAGGCAUCCUCCAGAGGCCUCCAGAAGAACAGCGGCUGUACAAGGAUGACCAGCUCCUUGAUGACAGAAAAACUCUGGGCGAGUGUGGCUUCACUAGCCAGACAACACGGACACAUGCGCCAGCCAGAGUGGGCCCGGCCUUCGGUGCAGAUGAUGCCUUUGAAGCUCUGCACAUUGAGCCCUUCUCCAGCCCUCCAUAG